AUGGCGAGACUCGUAGAGUUGGAAAGAAGAGUGAAAGCAGAGCUCGAAUGGAAGUCCUUCAUUGUCGAAGAGUCCCCAUCGAAAUUUACAGAAGCACAGAUCCGGCAAAAAUUGAAGUAUUGUGGCGAUAAGUGCAACGAGUUUGAAGAACGGCUCGAACAGGCGAAGCUGGACGUCAUCGCUCUGAAGGGAAAAAGAUGGGAAACUUCGUACACAGUGAAAGAGUCACUGCAAUAUAUGCUGGAGUUCCAGGAACUCCGCGCACGGCAUACGGAGGAGAAAGGAGAGCUGAUCUCCUGGGCGGACCAGCUCCUGCUUGCCCAUGAGUGGUACGAAAUCCUUGUGGCAGGAGAUGAGGCACAGGAAAUCGACAGACUGAUGUUUUUGAGCGACUUGGAAGAAACAGUGAUUCAGGUGCCGACACGUCCAACAGAGCCAGGCUAUCCACAGCCGAAGCAGGUUAAACGAUUUUACAAGAAGGAGACCAUUGGUCCAAUUCUGCACAACAUUCGUCUCGGCUAUGAUGUCCUUCUGAAUGAAGAAUCGGAGGAAGUUCAUGACGUGAAAGGCGAAUUACUAAGAGGCACAGCCAAAGAGGCCCAGUUGGUGAAAGAGAUGACGGAAGGAAUCAAAUUACUCAGAGAUGAACUUCAACGACAACGAGGCGAUAGACAAUGGAGUGGACACGGAGCGUCUGAUUGGCAGAUGCAGGAGAUCAGAGAUUCGAUCGCAGGAUUGAAAGAUGAAAUGAGACGCCAGAGGCAGGACUACGAGUGGCGUAAUAGCGGACAAAACGAAGGAUCUCUCAACGAAAUCAGAGAGAUGAUAGCACAGUUGACACAAAACAUCCGCGGACAGCAUGAAGAAACCAGAAACUGGAUUCAGACUUUAUACCUGGAAAUUCAGGACCGGCUGACACAGAAUAGAGAGAUGUGCCUGCAAGCAAUGAAAGAGGAAACACAGGCAGAGCACAGAGACGUUCAUCAGAAGCUGGGUUGCCUGGAGCAGCAGAUCCUCGGACUAGGAGCACAGAUGAAAGAAGAAGCCGAAAGGAUGAGUCGAGAGUCAGCAAGGCUGCUAAGACAGCAGCGGAGAUGA